AUGGACCUCCUGGCAACUACUAUUCGUGGACACAUUCCCGAUCCUUCAGGCGUUUUUCACGCACUCUCACCUUCUUUGAUCGGGCUGCAGAAAGGUGAUAUCGCCUCGGUCUCAUCCGCACGCCAAACGGGAUUCGGACGCGGGUUUCGAAGCCGGUUGCUUUCAAACACUUUCAUGCCUCCGAUUCGCCAUUCCGCUUGGGCUUUCGGCCGAUCGGCUGUCUUGACGACUGCUCCCUUUCUUCCCGACCAAUCAGAAGGAGGAGGAGGAGGAGCUAGUUGA